GGCUCGGGCUUUUCCAGCGGCCACGUCUUGCGCCUUUGGCUUCUGGCCGUGGCGAUGGAGCCUAAAGAGUUGUGCGUAUGUACAAACAACCCUCCACACCAGGAUUCUGCUCACCCCUGGCCACAGAAUCCCCCAGUGCUGAAAGGAGAGGACACUGAAGAUAGUCUGUACAAGAUGCCAAAUGAAGAAAUCUCUCACUCAAGUCAAACUCAGGAGCAAGACUGUUUACAGAGACAACAUAUUAGUACUAAUGAAGAAUCAUCAACUGAGCAAAAAAAUGAUGGGGAUGCAGAGAAGAAGGAGCACCUGCCUUCUCCUUCCUCCGACUUUGGGCCCUCUACUUCUACUGAGGGCUGUACAUCAGCAGCUGCAAGGAGAGGUCCAGCCCUGCUGCACAUUGACAGGCAUCAGAUCCCGGCUGUGGAGCCCAGUGCUCAGGCCCUGGAACUGCAAGGCCUGGGCGUGGAUGUUUAUGACCAGGCUGUGUUGGAGCAGGGUGUGCUUCAGCAGGUGGAUAGUGCAAUCCUUGAGGCUAACCGCGUAGCACAGCUCGUUGAUGCUGAGAAGGAGUAUCGUUCAGUCCUGGAUGACCUCAUGUCAUGUACAACAUCUCUAAGGCAAAUCAAUAAAAUUAUUGAACAGCUUAGCCCUCAAGCUGCCACCAACAGAGACAUCAACAGGAAACUAGAUUCUGUAAAACGACAGAAGUAUAAUAAGGAACAACAGCUAAAGAAGAUCACUGCAAAACAGAAACGUCUGCAGGCCAUCCUUGGAGGAUUAGAGGUAAGAGUGGAACUGGAUCAUGCCAGCCUGGAGGAAGAGGAUGAAGAGCCGGGGCCGUCCUGUCUUGGCAGUAUGCUCAUGCCUGCCCAGGAGACUGCCUGGGAAGAGCUCAUUCGCACGGGUCAGAUGACACCAUUUGGUACCCAGAUCCCUCAGAAACAAGAGAAAAAGCCUAGAAAAAUAAUGCUCAAUGAGGCAUCAGGCUUCGAAAAGUAUUUGGCAGAUCAAGCAAAACUGUCUUUUGAAAGGAAGAAGCAAGCUGCUAAUAAAAGAGCAGCCAGAAAAGCCCCAGCCUUGGUCAUGUCUAAGGCUGGCCCAGGACCACAUGAAAACAAAACAAAUCAGAGAAGCAAAGUUCUCUCAAAAACAGACAAGUGCUUGAAAAAGCACAUCAGGAAGCUCCAGAAGAGGGCACUGCAGUUCCAGGGGAAGGUGGGGUUGCCAAGAGGGAAGAAGCCCCUUGAGUCAGAGGCCAGGCCAAAGUCAGAGGGAGAUUCUGAGAGUGGGGAGUCUUGGUCCUGUCUCACAGAGCAGGAAGAGGAAGCAGAGGCUGGCCUGUGUGGAGAUGCCACUGACUAUGAACUGAGGCCUGUGCUCAAGGGCAGGAAACGCCAGAAGAAAGCCUCAGUGCAGGAGGUUGAUGACGAUUUUUUCCCAAGUUCUGGGGAAGAAGCUGAAGCCAACGGAGGAGGAAAAGAAAGUCGAAAAGUAGUGAGAUGCCAAGAUGAUGGAGAUGAAGAUUAUUAUAAACAGCGAUUAAGGAGGUGGAAUAAACUAAGACUGCAAGACAAAGAGAAACGUCUGAAACUUGAAGACGAUUCUGAGGAAAGUGAUGCCGAAUUUGAUGAAGGUUUCAAAGUGCCAGGCUUUCUGUUCAAAAAGCUCUUUAAGUACCAGCAGACAGGUGUUAGGUGGCUGUGGGAAUUGCACUGCCAGCAGGCAGGAGGAAUUCUGGGAGAUGAAAUGGGAUUGGGCAAGACCAUCCAGAUAAUUGCCUUCUUGGCAGGUCUGAGCUACAGCAAGAUCAGGACUCGUGGUUCAAAUUACAGGUUCGAGGGGUUGGGUCCCACUAUACUUGUCUGUCCAACCACAGUGAUGCAUCAGUGGGUCAAAGAAUUCCACACAUGGUGGCCUCCAUUCAGAGUGGCAGUUCUACAUGAAACUGGCUCCUACUCCCACAAAAAGGAGAAACUAAUUCGAGAUAUUGCUCAUUGUCAUGGAAUUUUGAUAACUUCUUACUCCUACAUUCGUCUGAUGCAAGAUGAUAUUAGCAAGCAUGACUGGCACUAUGUGAUCUUGGAUGAAGGACACAAAAUUCGAAAUCCAAAUGCUGCUGUCACACUUGCUUGCAAGCAGUUUCGCACACCUCAUCGGAUCAUCUUGUCUGGCUCACCGAUGCAGAAUAACCUCCGGGAGCUCUGGUCCCUCUUUGACUUUGUCUUCCCGGGGAAGUUAGGCACAUUGCCUGUGUUUAUGGAGCAGUUCUCUGUCCCCAUCACCAUGGGGGGAUAUUCCAAUGCUUCUCCAGUACAGGUUAAAACUGCUUAUAAGUGUGCGUGUGUCUUACGAGACACCAUAAACCCAUACCUUCUGCGGAGAAUGAAGUCAGAUGUCAAGAUGAGCCUUUCUUUGCCAGAUAAAAAUGAACAGGUCUUAUUUUGCCGUCUUACAGAUGAGCAGCAGAAAGUCUACCAGAAUUUCAUUGAUUCCAAAGAAGUUUACAGGAUUCUAAAUGGAGAGAUGCAGAUUUUCUCUGGACUUAUAGCCCUAAGAAAAAUCUGCAACCACCCUGAUCUCUUUUCUGGAGGUCCCAAAAAUCUCAGAGGUCUUCCAGAUGAUGAACUAGAAGAAAAUCAGUUUGGAUACUGGAAACGUUCUGGGAAAAUGAUUGUUGUUGAGUCUUUGUUGAAAAUAUGGCAAAAGCAGGGUCAGCGAGUGUUGCUGUUUUCUCAGUCAAGACAGAUGUUACACAUACUAGAAGUGUUCCUGAGAAGCCAGAAGUAUUCCUAUCUCAAGAUGGAUGGAAGCACUACCAUAGCAUCAAGACAACCAUUGAUUACAAAAUACAAUGAGGACACGUCCAUCUUCGUGUUUCUUUUGACCACGAGGGUUGGUGGCAUAGGAGUCAAUCUGACUGGGGCCAACAGAGUCAUCAUCUACGAUCCUGACUGGAACCCAAGCACUGAUACACAGGCCCGAGAGCGAGCAUGGAGGAUAGGACAGAAGAAGCAGGUGACUGUGUAUAGGCUUUUGAUGGCGGGCACAAUUGAAGAGAAGAUUUACCAUCGACAAAUCUUCAAGCARUUUUUGACAAACAGAAUCCUAAAAGAUCCAAAACAAAGGAGGUUCUUCAAAUCGAAUGAUCUUUAUGAGCUGUUUACUCUGACUAGUCCUGAUGCAUCACAGAGCACUGAAACUAGUGCUAUUUUUGCAGGAACUGGUUCAGAUGUUCAGACACCCAAAUGCCAUUUAAAAAAAAAGAUUCCAUCAGUCUUUGGAACAGAUAGUGGAAUUCCAAAAUGCAGAAAAUWUCCUGUUUCUGAUACAUCUAUAAACGAUGCCUUCUUGACUGAAGAGAAAUCUAAGGCAACAGAAACUGAAGGAAAUACAGAAACUUCUACUGAAAGUAAUCCUUUAAAAAGUAACCCUCAUAGAAAUGGGAACGUAACUAGCAGUGAUCGGCUUGGAGAAGAGACAAAAGUAGUGUCUGGAUGGGAGGAGCCAAUAGUGAUUAGUGGAAAUAGGGACUGUUCAGAUUCUGCAAGCAUUGGUGGAAAAUCCCAGCCAUCCGGUGAAGAAAGCACUGAUGAAAAGCAAAGUCCUUCUUAUAAAGGAGAAAGCUCCCAGGUUCAGUCAGAACGUCUUAGGAAGAAUGAACAAAUUGAAAGUCAUUUUUAUAAGCACAAGUCAAAAACAAAACAUCAUAAUGUGUCAGAAGAAGAGGUCUCAGAAAAACAUCUUUGGCAGCAGCCAAAGGCCAAAAACUCUAAGCAUUGUAAAGAUGCCAAGUUUGAAGGAAUUCGAGUCCCACACCUGGUGAAGAAAAGGCAGUACCACAAACGAGACACUGAGCCUGCGAGUGAGGCCCAGGAACGGAGCAGUGAUGAUUAUGUUUUGGAAAAGCUUUUCAGAAAAUCAGUGGGUGUGCACAGCGUGGUGAAGCACGAUGCAAUCAUAGAUGGAGCCAGCCCGGAUUAUGUCCUGGUAGAGGCAGAAGCCAACCGAGUGGCCCAGGAUGCCUUGAAAGCCCUGAGGCUCUCUCGACAAAGGUGUCUUGGGGCAAUGUCUGGUAUCCCCACCUGGACUGGCCACAGGGGGACUUCAGGUGCACCAGCAGGAAUAAAGAGUAGAUUUGGUCAGAAAAAGAACUCUAACCUCUCUGUGCAGCGUCCUUCAACAUCUCCAACAGAUAAAUGCCAGGAUGGUGUCAUGAAAAAGGAGGGAAAAGAUCAUGGCCUUGAUCACUUCAGUGGAAAAGCAGAAGAUUCAGAGUCUUCUUCUGGGGCUCUUGCUUCCUCCUCACUCUUGGCCAGAAUGAGAGCGAGAAAUCACCUAAUUCUCCCAGAGGGGUUAGAGAGUGAAAGUGGACACCUGCCAGAGGCUUCUGCCCCUCAGGCGCUCACCACAGAACAUGAUGACCUGCUGGUGGAAAUGAGGAACUUCAUUGCUUUUCAGGCCCACAUUGACGGCCAGGCCAGCACUCAGGAGAUUCUGCAGGAAUUUGAGUCCAAGCUAUCAGCGUCACAGUCUUGUGUCUUUCGGGAACUAUUGAGAAAUCUGUGCACUUUUCAUAGAACUCCUCGAGGUGAAGGAAUUUGGAAACUCAAGCCAGAGUACUGCUAAACAACACUAAAUUUUCAGUCAUGUCUUCUACUGGAAGUGUAUGAUUACCAACUUGUGCUUAAUAAUCAUAUGUUUGUCAAGGAAAGUUGGCUGCCCCUAUGUGUACUUUAAAAUGGCAUCUACCUCAUAACUAAAACUUUAAAGAAAAAAACUCUUCUCCAAAACAGAAGUUUUAAUAAUGCUAUUAGAAGAAAAAUACUUGGAUGAUUUUUUUUUUUUCCAUUAUGAAUUGUGUUCUAAAAUCAGGGACUUAACAGUUGCUUCUUGGAGCACAUUUGUUCCUUUACCCAAAAGAUGGUGUCAGGGAGCAUAUAACUAUUCAUUUAGAAGUUUACAGAAUAGAGCUGCGUGCUGUGGUGCACUCCUAAAAUCCCAGUGACUCAGGAGGCUGAGACAAGAGAAUCUCAGG